UACGAGAGAGGAAGCAGAGCCAGGAAUGAACACUUGGACGUACGGCAGUUGGUAAAUCGACGAGCGGGAGGACUCUUGACACAGGCAUUUUGUUCAACAAUAUUGCGUGAGUUCUGCGUUUAUAAACGGACCGCGGCGUGGCCUCGUGUUCGCGAGAGAAGAACAAAAAAAAAAAAAGAUACAAAAAAGAAGAUGACAAUUUGGAUCCACGCAUCUUUCUGUGAGAUAUAAGGGGGUGGGGGUAAGAUACAAGGGGGUUCAAUAGUCGCGAACAAAAGUGAACGUACACGCGAGACACUUACACCUCUUCCUCUCUUUACGAUUCUUUCUUCGUAUCAAAAUAACGAACUGAUAAGAAUAUUUAAAUAUAUGUACAUAUAUAACUAUAAUAUUCGUUGCUAAUUGAUCUUUAGAUUUCAAGAUACAUCAAGACAAACAAAGACGAAAACGAAAAAGUCCAAGAGGAACCGGAAGAGAAGAGGAAGAAAUAGAAGAAAUUCAAAUUUGCCGCGGCAUCAGCCGCGCCAAUAGACUCGGAGCGUUGCGUCCGAAUUAUUAACUCGUUCACCAAUAGUAGUUAUUCGUAAUGUUGCACGCUAGGACUGCCGUCGGUGUCGCGACGUCGUAUCAAGUUACAAGCUCUAACUACUUGUCUCGUCGUCUUUUACUUUGUCGCAUCAAUGUCGACAAAAGAAUCCGAUCGAUCGGUGAUCGUGCGAUCAAUCGUGGCCAAGUUACUCGACAUGACAUGCGCGGAAAUUACCUGAAAAUGUUGGAGAAGUGCAAAUCAAAGAAGCUUCCACAAGAUGUAAAUCCUAAGGGUGUCUUUGCUUGCAACGAGUUGGAUCUAAAGGAAGUUCAAGUAUAUGGAUUCGAUUAUGAUUACACUCUUGCUUGUUACAAGCCUUCGAUGGACUAUCUACUUUAUAAUUUAGGACGAGACAUGUUAAUAGAAAAAUACAAGUAUCCAGAAGAAAUCAGAGAACUCGAAUACAAAGAGGAUUUUGCUGUUCGUGGACUUCAUUACGACAUCGAGAAGGGUUUAUUGCUGAAACUGGAUAGUUUCCUACAAAUUCAGUUUGGUACUGUUUAUCGAGGUCUACACCCGUUACCGGACGACGAAGUUCUGAGGCUCUACAAGAAUAGAAUAAUUCCAAUAGCUUAUGUUGAAGCACCUCACAAACAUUCACAGCAUAAGGAUGGUUUUCAUCGAACAAAAAUGGUACAACUAGCAGAUCUCUUUUCCGUACCGGAAAUGGGUUUACUAUGCAACGUUACGGAAUACUUUUUAAGAAAUCAUAUCGAUUAUCAUCCAGAAAUACUUUUCCGAGACGUUAAGAAUUCUGUACAAAGUUGUCAUCCCAUAAUGCAUGGUAUGGUAACAGAAAACGUAGCCGAAUAUCUGGAACAAAACAAAGAUUUGAGGAGGUUCUUCGAGCGGCUCAAAAAUGCUGACAAAAAUAUGUUCUUGGUGACAAACAGUCCAUUUCAUUUUGUAGAUAAAGGCAUGAAAUUCCUGGUUGGCGAUAAUUGGAAGGAUUACUUCGACGUGGUGAUCGUGCAAGCGAGAAAGCCAAGAUUUUUCACGGAGGAAUCACGGCCAUUACGAAUUUACGAUGAGGUGAAGAAAACUCAACUAUGGGAUCGUGUAACCAAACUUCGGAAAGGUAUCAUAUACUUAGAAGGUACGGUUAAACAGCUGCAAGAUAUGACAGGAUGGCGAGGACAUCAAGUAUUGUAUUUUGGUGAUCACCCGUACAGUGAUUUGGCGGAUGUAACUCUGGAACAUGGUUGGAGAACCGGUGCAAUAAUUAAGGAAUUAACUCACGAAAUUGAAACGCUUAAUCAACCAAAAUUUAAGGAGAAUGCAAAUUGGCUUCAAAUGUUGACCGGUUUGAUAGAAGACCAUCAAGAUUAUGAGGGUCCAGAAGUACAGGACGAACUUAAUAAAUGGAUGAUGGAACGCGAUCGAUUAAGAAAUGAAAUAAAGUGUGUAUUUAAUCAACAGUUCGGCUCGGUUUUCAGAACGUAUCACAAUCCAACCUAUUUCUCAAGAAGACUUUUCAGAUUCGCUGAUGUUUACAUGAGCUCGAUCACGAAUCUUUUAGAGUAUGCAACGAGUCAUACGUUUUAUCCGAGGAGAGGUGUCAUGCCUCACGAAUACACGAGUUACUUUGUGUAAAUAGUUCUAAUUUAUAAAUGUCUUCCAUUUCUCUCUUUUUAUCUUUAAAUAUUUUUUUUUUUUCUUUUUUUUUUUAUGUAAGAGAUUUAUGUUUCGUGAAAAUAAUUCCUUCUAUAAUUUACGAUUAAAUAAUUGAAGAAAAAAAUCAAAAAUACUCUUAAGAGCCUUAAUGUAAUUGUAAUAUAAGUGUAAUGUAUAGUUAAUCUAGUUGAAAUUUCAAUAGAAAAAUAGAAAGAUCGAUAAAAGCUUCUCAAUUAAAACACUUGUUGAUCGAGUCGUAGGAUUUUGUUCAUUUAUUGAAAUCUCGUUAUUAAAAGAUCAUCUAUAUGUAUAAAUUUAAUGAAUGUGUAGAUAAGUAUAUUGUAAAAUAUUGAAGCAUCAUUGAUCAGGUGAUAUUCUCUAUUAAUUUAAUGCGAAUAAAAAUUUAAUGAAAUGUUUAUACUCUGAUCGAUGAAAUGUCGCAUGUAUAUAUGUAAGUAGCGCAUUAAUAAAAUUUACCGUCAA